AUGCGUCCUUGUUUCCACCCCACUCCCCACCUCAUUGCGAUCAAGCUCAACCAUGCUCAUAUUGCGCAUAUCACUCAUUUAACUGUGUCUACCGUACAUCUGGAGGCAGGGGAACUGCAAGGGCACCCCAUGCUCAAAGAAAACGGACCGCUAGAACCCCACAGGAAAGGAUCGACUCCUGAGACUCCUAAAACAGCCACUGAUGAUGAUGAUGAUGAUGAAUCCUCAUCUUCAGAAAUUGGCGACGCCGCAGGCAGAGAUGGUCUCAGCGGAGUGAACCUCCAUACCAAGGGAACGGAGUUCUAUGGAAACUCAUCAAAUCUAGCAUUUCUUGGAAACCUCUUCGCAAGAGCCCAGAACCAAUCCGAAGGGCGUGACCCAGGCGGUAAUCAGGAUGUUGCAGCGAAGACCACGGCGAACAGACCACGGCUGUCCUCACCUGAAAAUGGAUCUACACCUGGCAAAUCACAGCUUUCAAUUGUGAACUUGCUCUACAAUGCCGACUACACAGGCCACCCGUCGCCACAAUCUCAUAACAGCACAGAAGGUAGCUCACACAAAAGUCCUUCCUAUGCAAAUGUGCCAAAGAGUGCGGCGGGCCUUAUCAACAAUUCCCAAGAAAGCGGUGGUCUUCCUGCGUUAUUUACGCAGAUCACCGACGGAGCACAGAUGGAAAUUGAGAAAAUCUUCAUCGGCAGUUACUUCACGAAUAAGCACUACAUUCACCCGAUGUUAUCAAAAGGUGCUUUCAUGCGACGCUGCGAGCGCGAAGCAUGGCCCAUCUCCCGGAGGGCCGGACUUUUCCGGAGUACCACUAAAUUUGCAGGUCUGUAUUUUGCAGUGGUUGCACUGGGUGCUAUCAAUGCCAGCCCGAACGAGACCGCUUUGCUGGAUCAUUUUUGCCAGCAAUCUACAGACCCAGAGAGCGCAGCACCAACGCCCCAGUUCUCGGCUUUGGACUUUGCUAAAUUCUAUUUUGGAAUUGCGAAGGUGGCUCUGGGUGAUUUGUUUGAGAGUAGUUCCCUUGAGACUGCUCAGGCCUUAUUGCUUUUGAGUGUCUUCCGUCAAAAUUCCUUGCAGCCUCAUAGUUGCUAUAUGUAUAGUGGCAUGGCUGUCCGGACGGCUGCGGCGAUUGGACUCGCUUCAAGCAUGUCCUCAUUACCUCCCAGUCGGCGGCGAGAGGCAAAGCGCACAUGGUGGUGCAUCUAUUCGCAUGAAGUGAAUCAGAUCCACUACGGAGACCUUGAUCCCGACGCCGAAGACAACGACGUAGCCAUGAUCCCAGUCAUGGUAUCCCUGGCCCAGAUCAUGUCCGAAGCAUCUCACCAACUCUAUCAUUCGACACAACGUUCUCUCAGCGAGAAAUCUCGUCUAGCAAUGUCCCUCGACGCACGACUCCAGGAGUGGAAAUCCAAUAUUCCGGCAUUCCUGAACCUAGACGCACAUACACUCAGCGAUCCAGAAUGGGCUUUCAAACAAAAGCUCGUACUAAGACUCAGCAACAUCUGCAUAUUUGUCUUGAAGCAGCACGUGUGGUACAACACAACCUACGCCCUAUACGGCUCAAUGAUCCUCCUCCACCUAAUCCUCUCAAAUUUCCCCGGAUUACCAGACGAAGAACUCCUCGAAGACGUCGAGAAAUCCCUCGAGAUAUUCUCUUCCAUGGACAAUAUAAUCGUAGCACGACGCUGUGCGGAGAUGCUCCGCGAAGUUCUCGAGGUCGCAAGGACUUGUCUUGCGCGUAGAAAGUCUCAAACGCAAUCUCAAACAAAAUUGCCGCGGUACUCGCCGUUGGAUGGUAAUCAGGGAUCGAGCCUCGUGCCUGUCUCGCUUGCGGAUGGGUUUGCGGGUGUUAACAUGCCGCAGAUCUCUUUUGAAAGUGCUUCGGGGCUUUUAUCUGAGCAGGGACAAGGACAAGCACAAGCACAGGGAUCAGGACUCCAGCCUGAAGACGAGAAUUUCUUUUUCUCGCUGUUUAGCCAGGAUCAGCAGCAGUCUGAUCGGACAAGGGCGGAGAUGUUGGCCAAUUUGGUUGAUCCGUCUAUAUUGGAGGAUUUCGCGUUUGGCGGACAAGAGUUUUCGCUUUUCUAG